AGACACCUAGGUGACAGAGAAGCCCUGGUUUCUGAACCUGAGCACAAAGGGAAAUCUUGUCAGUCUGCUGCCGUGUUCAAUGUCGUCAACUCCAUUAUAGGAUCUGGGAUCAUAGGAUUGCCUUAUUCGAUGAAGCAAGCUGGGUUUCCCUUGGGAAUAUUGCUUUUAUUCUGGGUCUCAUAUAUUACAGACUUUUCCCUUGUUUUACUGAUAAAAGGAGGGGCCCUUUCUGGAACAGACACCUACCAGUCUUUGGUUAACAAGACCUUCGGUUUUCCAGGGUACCUCCUAAUCUCUGUCCUACAAUUUCUGUAUCCUUUCAUAGCAAUGAUAAGUUACAACAUAAUAGCUGGAGAUACUUUGAGCAAAGUUUUUCAAAGAAUCCCAGGAGUUGAUCCUGGAAGCUGGUAUAUUGGUCGACACUUCAUUAUUGUGCUUUCUACAGUGACAUUUACUCUGCCUUUGUCGUUACACCGAGAUAUAGCAAAGCUUGGAAAGAUAUCUUUUAUUUCUACAAUUUUAACAGCUCUAAUUCUUGGAAUUGUAAUGACAAGAGUAGUUUCCUUGGGACCAAAUAUACCUAAAACAGAAGAUGCCUGGGUAUUUGCAAAGUCCAAUGCCAUACAAGCUAUUGGAGUUAUGUCCUUUGCCUUCAUUUGCCACCAUAACUGCUUCUUAGUUUAUGGUUCUCUGGAAGAGCCCACAGUAGCUAAAUGGUCCCACAUCAUCCACAUCUCCAUCUUGGUUUCUGUGUUUAUCUCUGUGCUGUUUGCUGCGUGUGGAUACUUGACUUUUACUGGCUUUACUCAAGGAGACUUAUUUGAAAAUUACUGCAGAAGUGAUGACCUGGUGACCUUUGGAAGGUUUUGUUAUGGCAUCACUGUUAUUUUGACAUACCCAAUUGAAUGCUUUGUGACCAGAGAGGUAAUUGCCAAUGUGUUUUUUGGUGGGACUCUUUCAUCAGUGUUCCACAUCACUCUAACAGUGAUCAUCAUUACUGCGGCCACACUGGUGUCAUUGUUGACUGAUUGCCUUGGCAUCGUUUUAGAACUCAAUGGUGUGCUCUGUGCAGCUCCUCUGAUUUUUAUCAUCCCGUCUGCAUGUUAUCUGAAAUUAUCUGAAGAACGGUGGACACACUCAGAUAAGAUAAUGUCCUGUGUCAUGCUUCCAGUUGGUGUCGUGGUGAUGGUUUUUGGAUUCAUCCUGGCUGUCACAAAUCCUCAGGACUGCACCCAUGGGCAGGAAAUGUUCUACUGCUUCCCCAGUAAUUUCUCCCUCACAAACAUCUCAGAUUCUCGUUUUCAACUGACAACACAACUUUCCAUUUUAAACAUCAGUAUCUUUCACUGAGUUUGAAAGAAACACCUGUUCUCAGAGAC